AUGAUGCAAGUUAAUUCGAAAUUUCAACAUCAGAAGUCAGAAAUAUCACCUGUUUAUGUUGAUCCUAAUCAAAUGUCUGAUAUGGAUAAUGUUCGAUUACGACAUACUAAGUCAAAUAUUCCAAUAGAACCAAAAUCACAAUAUGCAAAUCUUAUUCUUGGUACUGAUGAUUUUCAAUCGAAUCAACGAGAUAAUGAUCUUCCUCUUAUGUCAAGAAAUAAACAUAAUAUAAGACAAAUAUUACUUUUAAUUUUUACUGCUUUAUCUUAUCUUCUAUAUACAUUAAGAGCUUAUAUACCAGACAAUAUACAAACAUAUUCUCAUUUUUGGUUAAGUAUGAAACCGUCUUCAAUAAGACGAGUUUAUACACCAGAUUUACGACCAGAUUUAGUCAUUGAAAAUUUUCUUCUUCGUUUGGCAGAAACUUGUCAAACACUUUGGUUAGUCUAUAUAUUAUCAUAUAUUCCAAGACGUACUCAUUUAGGAUAUGUCUAUCGAAAUCCGGAUAUAUUCAAUUCAUUUCUUUGUUUUCUUCUUAUUAGUGCACUUUCUUUUCAAAUAAUUAGUCAAAUGCCAAUACCAGCAGAAAUUUCAUGUGCAUGUUUAUUGAUUAGUUUCAUUCUUUUAAUCAUCAUUUGCCGUUUAGUUGCAGUGAAAUUAGUAAAAUAUGAAGAGAAAAUAAAAUCAAUCGAUUUAUUAAUCAUGCAUUAUUUUAUUUUAAAUUGUCUUUUUCUUUAUACUACAACAAUAGUUUAUUUAACAAUAUGUUCUUCUAUUGAAAAUUUUAUUAUUUAUCUUGAUUCAUAUUUUAAAUUACCAACAUUACCAACAACAAUUGGUUUAUCAAGUGUAUUUAUUCUUCUUUUAAUUUAUUUUCUUCUUGAUCGAUUUGUUUAUGAAAAUGAAUUUUAUUCAAUAUGGACACCUUAUUUAUUUAUUACAAUUAUUUUUAUUUGUCCACCAUUACGUCGAUUAUUAUCAUCGGAUAUAUAUUUAAUUACAGAUGGCUUAAAUUUUUAUUUACUUUGGAUAUUAUUUAGUAUAACAAUAAUAAUGAUAUUAAUUCGACUUUAUCGACAAAUAUUUAUUAAAUAUGAAGAAAUGAAAAGAAAACAACGUAUUCAUUCUUUUAUUGAACAAGUUAAUUUCGAAAUUGAAACUUAA